ACAAUGAGCAUUGGUGACAGUAAUAACAAAACAAUGGGAAAGCGUGCUGGGAAACGACCCGGAAGGAAACCAUCAAAGAUCGACGAGCGCGCCAAACUUGAGCGGAGCCGCCAAAGCGCGCGUGAGUGCCGCGCCCGGAAGAAGCUGCGAUACCAGUAUUUAGAGGAACUGGUUUCCAACAGAGAAAAGGCCGUCUUCGCACUCAGGGAUGAGCUAGAGCUGUACAAACAAUGGUGCAUUCAACUCGAAAAUGGUGGUCCAGUUCCCGAAGCUCUGCUGAAAAUGAUUGCCAGUGAAGAAGUUGCGAUCAAGAGGCGACAGAUGGCGCAGGUUACUCGAUCUUUACUUCGACAACAGCAACAGAACUGCCAGUUUGCGUCGUCAUCGUCGUCUUCUACAUCGCCAGAUCUGUCGUCUGUGUCCUCACAACGGGAAUACCCACAGCCCCGUCACGUGAACUUAGUGCAGCCACAGACAAUCUCUGAUGUCUCCGUUCACGAGUCGCAAAGUCACCAGGCUGUGCCUGAUCACUUGCCACCACAGCGUCACCAGCAGCUGCAUCUGGAGCAACUGCUCAUGUAUGACCAGACUUCAGAUAUAUCCAAGCUACAGAAACAGUUCGCGUUUGAUCACUCGAAACUUCAAGAGCAUCAACCGAAAGGAACGGCUCCAACUCUCAACCAUCUGCUCCCAGCCCCGCUAUCACAAGAACUAAUGCAGGAUGUCAUAUUUCAGCGUAGUCUAUGCAGCAAGCAGCAACAGCAGCAUACCUUUCUGCCUCCGAAUGAGAAUCAGCAACCGAACGCUACAUUACCCUCUCACGGUGCUUACACCUCAUCUUCCAAUGACAAUACUCCUAGAGCAGUCAUGUCGUCCAAAUGCCAGGAGUCAGUAUUACCCCGGGUAAACAGCGAACCUCACAUGAAACACGGGCAUUCUUUCGACGUCUCCAGGAUCUCUUCAGACACGCUAAUGCAUGACGCUGAACUGUGCAGUAACAGCGAACUUCAUCGUAAAAGAUCACACAGCAACCCUGUGACAAUGGCUUCCGUUUCCCGCCCUAACAUCACCAGUGCCGACGAUCUACCGAGUCCUCUACAGGACUUCAUUACCUCUCACAGUUCUUCAUACCAGUCCACCAGUCAACCACAUCUGGGUUUUGGACUGUUCAGUGGGUCUGUGAUCAACAACAAACCAAGUUUUUUAUCUUUCAACCUUCCAACGACAGUCGCUAUGGAAGACAGCAGUUCUUCUGAGGACAGCAUCAACGAGCAGCAUUUAUUUCAGUCGUCCAUGAACACCCAAAAGCGAAAAGUGGCUUCCCCUUGCCUUCCAGAAAACGCCAAGAGGAGUUUCGUAUCUCCCAACAACGUGGUACCCAAGUUUACAAACUUCGACCCAAAUACAGGUCUUCCUAAUCUGGACGAUACCCAUGGUUUCGGCUUGACAGCUGCAUCAAGUACACCUUCGCCCUUAUCUUAUGGACACACUUCUUCAAAUGCUACAUCACCAUCACGUAGCCCCAGAUACAAUAGUGGUCUAUCAAAUUCUACAUCCUCAUCGUGUGCUACAGCAUCGCCUACACCAUUAUCUUCCUUGUCGUCCAUGUUGGACUUAUCGGUUUCCUCGCCCGCCAUCUCUCCAUCUACGUACAGCCUAGCUCUGGAAAUUUCCCCUCCUUUACCUUCUGCAACAACCCACCAAUCACCUGGCUCCAUGAACACAUCCUUGCUUGACCCGUUGCCUGAUUGGUACUCGUUCCUUGCUGACCUUGAAGAUGGAACUCCAUCAGCCUUGACCCACCAGCAAGGUACAUCUUCUAACGUUGCAGUGACCCUGACCUCAAAGCAGCAUUCUCAAUUAUUCGCCUCCAACCAAUCGUUUAUGAACGUUCCGGAUAUUGUCAGUGAAAUGUUAAACUGCAGUGACCAACUUUUGUGA